AAGGCGCGCGAACUUUGAAAAGGGAGUGAAUUUUACACGCUCUUGUUUAGUUUUGGCUUUUGUUGUGUUAUACGCUCCAAAAGUCUACAGAUUAACUUUAAAUCAGUUUAUUCUGAUCAAAGUUAGUUUACUUUUCAGAUCUGAGUCUAUUUAAAUUAUAGGAAAUUGUUAUUUCUAUAACAUAAUAGCUAUAUAUAUAUUUUUGUGCACUCAUUGAUUUUUAUCGCUGACUUAUAAAGGUCUAUAUACAUCUAAGUUAUAUUUAAAUUUCUUCGCCAGUCUGUUCUAGACAGUAUGCCCAUCAAAAAAAACCGCUGUGGAAGGGUUAUGUGCCAAUUCCCAGUGGAUGAGGGAAUGCAGUGUGAUAACUGCAAGAGAUGGUUUCACAGUAUGUGCACAAACCUAACUCCUGCAGCAUACAAACGCUGCUGUAAACCUCUAGAAAACUGGUUGUGCAAUGACUGUUGUAGUACUACCAAACUCCGUAUUACAGAAGCCAUUGCCACUCUUAGCGGGGCUUUAAAGCUCAUGGACUGCGAGGGUCAUCCAUCACAGGAGAAGACUAACUGCUUCUCAGACACCGAAGAUGCGACUAGCGUCAUCGACAGAACAGUACAUGUUCCUAAUGAGUCUUUGUCAAUGACUGAGUGCCCUUCAGCACAGAAGAGCACUCACCACAUUCCAGUCACCCAGGCUGCCCCCACGAUACUGGAUAAGCCCUCCAGUGACAGUAACGGAAAGACUGCCACAAAGAAGAGGCGUACCAGGGGUCGUAAACCUGCAACUCAAGUCACCCAGGUACUAGUGGAUCAAGCCUCGUCCACACCGGUGAGUAGCAGGCAGAUAAAUCCUGCUACGACUAGUGAAGAGAACGCCAAUGAAUGGCGUAACGUAGUCUCUCGCAAAAAGCGAGACAAGGACAAUACAUUGGCCACACUGCCCACGAAGGAAAGGAAGACAUUCACGCCGCAGAGCAAGACAACCACGGCAAGCAAACCUGAUCUCUCUGACAGGUCGCUCAUUCUCCACAAAGUGGAAGAGUCAUUGGCCCCCGAACCCAAGACUAGAUUUGAGCAUGACCUUAACUUGGUUAAGCCCCUUUUAGACAAGCUACUGCCACAAACAGUAUCAGGCGUCACUAUACACAGUGUAUAUAGAAUAGGCCAAAAGCCUGACCCUACAGUAAGUCAGCCUGUACGUCUCCUCAAAGUCGUACUAAACUCUAAGGAAGAGAGGGAUGCUAUUCUAAGCAACUCUCAUAUACUUAAAGGAUCAGGCAUAUAUGUCCGCGCCGACUUAAGCCUGGCAGACCGUAUCAAAAGACAGUCUGCGGCCCUAGAAUUAAGCGAACGACGCCGAAACGGCGAAAAGAACCUUAAGAUUAAGGGUUUUCGGGUUGUUCAAGUUCGCAGUUUAAUGAUCCCGAAACCUCUGUGGGUAGGCCGGGGAAGCACCAAACUGGAUUAACAGUUUGCUACACAAACGCCCGCAGCCUGUUAAAUAAACGGACUGAGCUGGUUAACAUGAUAGACUCCGGAAACCCGGAUGUAAUUAUUAUCACAGAGACAUGGCUCACACCCGAUGUCACUGACAGCGAAGUUAACCUGCCAAACUUCGAAGUGCAUAGGGUAGACCGACUAAACCGCAAAGGAGGUGGCGUAGUCAUUUACCUCAAGAAAUGCUUAACCGUGCGUAGUAUCGAAGCACUCGCUCACGAAAGUGAGUCGUGCGAACUUCUACGCUGCAGACUUAAAUGCAUAGGCCAAGACAUUGACCUCAUUGCUAUGUACCGCAGUCCUAACUGCAGUGCAGAUGACUUCCUGAUAGAGAAGCUAGGCUCCUGGACCUCGAAAUGUCGAAGUCUCGUAGUUGGCGACUUCAAUGCCCCAACAGUUGACUGGACGAGCCUAACAACUCCAUCCUCAGUCAACUCCUUUGACUAUAAACUGCUGGAAUCUAGUAUAUCGUUAGCUCUAGUCCAACAUAUCAUCAAGCCCACGCGCUAUGACUCACAGCACUCCUCCUCAACUCUGGACCUAGUGUUCUCCCAUGGUGAGGAUGUAGAUCUCAUACAACAUCUUCCUCCUUUAGGAAGAAGUGACCAUGCUGUGCUCACUUUCAAGUUCACAGCAACGGCAGCAAGGGCCAAAACCCCAUCUCGACCAAACGUUUGGAAAGCUGAUAUAAAUGCAAUCGUCUCAGCAGCCAACUCAGUAAACUGGUACGUCAACCCAGAGUCUCAAGUAGAAGCCGCAUGGAACCAAUUUAAACAACUUUACGCCCAAGUAACUGAACCUUUCAUCCCUUGGUCUGUCCCAAAGGGUCGGAAACACUGCCCUCCUU